CCGAGCACACGCUGCGGCUCCGGGCCGCCUUAUAUAAAAACGAAUGUGGGCGGGGAAGAGAUUUCGGUCCGCUUUGGGGGCUCCCUGCCUUAGCCUAUGGGGAGGAAGCUACUGGACGGCCUUCCCACUGGGUGUUUGGUGGCUUGAUCUCCUUGCCAACAGCGCUUGGGGUGCGGGUCCUGUGGCUGAGAAAAGGAAGAGGCGAGAAUGGGGUUAAGGAUAGAUCUCAAAUAAAAUAUCAAAAUAAGGGGAUGAAGGAUACUAAGAAGAAUGCGAAUGAGGGCACGAAAAGAGGAUGGAAAAGGCAGUCUGGGGCAGAGAGAGAAGUCAGUAAAAGGAAGAUGUGCAUCUUUAAACAUCAGGCGCUACGGCUGCCACCUAAAAAAAAAAAAGCGAGGCCAACGGGGAUUAUGGGAUUUGUAGUUUUACGGGGUAUUCGGUUGGAAGAUGGCGGCAAUAACUGCUGCGCAAACGCAGAAACGGCCUCCAACUGCGCAUGCGCAUUAGCCCUUCGAGCACGCCGCCGGAGGAGGUGGAGCUUGUGAGUGGCCUCGCGCCUUUCCUUGGUGGCGGGAAAGCUGGUUGGAGGUUCGCGCGGCUGGUAGAAUUGCUGCAAUGUCUGCUCCUCACCCUUAGGUCCUCUACGCACCAGAAGCAGAGGCAUAAAGAAAGUGUAGCUUCUGAGCUGAAUGAUGCCAACCUUGGAGAGUAAAGAAAAAUGUGGGAAGGGACAAAAAAAUACCUUUGCCCCACCUGCACAAAAAUUGCAUAGCCCGAUGCCCUAUAACCUUAACUCAUCAAAGGAGGAGAUCCCGGAGAUCAGUUCCCCACAGGCAGAGGUCAGGCCAAGCCUGCUAAAGGCCGGGUUAGAGAAGAAGAAGGAGAAAACACCCACAGAGAAUGGUCCAGUCAGUGGCCAGGAGAUAAAAGGAAAGGCUCAAGACAGCAAGAAAGCAAAGAAAGAAAAGAAAAAAUCAACUCUUACCAGUGCAGAAUUUGAGGAGAUUGUCCAGACUGUGCUACGGAAGUCCUUCCAGGAGUGCUUGGAGACUUCCUGUACCCAGCCUACAAGAUGUACCCAAUUAGACAAGGAACCAGGAAUUGCUUCUUCUAAUACUUCUGAUAAUAAUAAUGCUGAUGGAGACAGAGUAGUGGUACCUCCUAUUCUAGAGAUUUCAGCCUCUCAGGAAGAUGGAAUAAUCCCUGAGAUAAAGAUAUCUAAGCCAGGCCAGCCAGAUUCUGCAUCCUCUGAGAAGAAAGUCAAUAAAUUCUCCUUAAGCAAAAGAAAGAAGGAAGCUCAAGAUGAGAAAAUGGAGACAGACCAAAGUGGACAUGAGCACAGACAGGAUGACCAACAGAAGGAAACCAUUCAGGAUCAUUCCCAGGACAGGGACCAACAAAAAGGAGAAGGAAGUGGUUUUGGUCAAUGUCUAGUCUGGGUCCAGUGUUCCUCCCCAAACUGUGAGAAAUGGAGGCGGCUACAUGGGAACAUUGACCCCUCAGUCCUCCCAGAUAAUUGGUCCUGUGACCAGAACACAGACUUGCAGUAUAAUCGCUGUGAUAUCCCUGAGGAGACCUGGACUGGUCAUGAAAGUGAUGUGGCCUAUGCCUCCUACAUCCCAGGAUCCAUCAUCUGGGCCAAGCAAUACGGCUACCCCUGGUGGCCAGGCAUGGUAGAACCUGAUCCUGACCUGGGAGAAUAUUUUCUCUUUGCUUCUCAUCUUGAUUCCCUGCCGUCCAAGUACCAUGUGACAUUUUUUGGAGAAACAGUCUCUCGUGCUUGGAUCCCAGUCAACAUGCUAAAGAACUUCCAGGAGCUGUCCCUGGAGCUAAAUGGACUGAGAAAGUGCAAGAAUAAGGACUGCAUCCAGAAACUGGGGUUAGCCGUGAUGAUGGCUCAAAAGGCAGAGCAGAUCAGUAUUCAGGAGCGGGUUAACUUGUUUGGUUUCUGGAGCCGAUACAGUGGACCUGCCGUUAAUGGGGAAGAAAAAGACUUACUGCUCUUUGGGGCUAGCAGCUUAGAUUCCUCCUUGGAGAAAGAAAAGAAAGAGCCAGAGUUGGAGGAGGAUGAAGACGAGGAGCAAGAUAAAACAGAUCCAACUUUGCCUAAUUCCAAGUCAGCCAAAAUUCAAACAAAAAAACCCAAGGCAAGAGGAUUGGGGGUUGGGAGUGAUGUCGGUGGAGCAGAUGGACAAGAUGGGACCCUGAAAAGGAGAACAACAAAGAGACCUCUGUUAAACGAACCUGCACCUCCACCUGUGCCCAUAAUAGGAAGGAAAAAAGGGCAUGGAAAUUCAGGUCCUGAGCAGCCGGACCCUAAGAAAAAAUUUAAAGCUCCCCAAAGCAAAGCCCCAGUAAGCAGCCUAUCUGAAGAAAAAGAAGCUAGACUAGUGCCAGAAGUCCUGACCCCACCAGCUGCUCGUGGGGCCUGUCUUGUUGGGGGGGAAGAAGGGCCUGAACCCCAGGAUGCUGGAAGUGUCCCUUCUGAUGAUGGAGCCUCCAGUGACCUGGAUGUGGACCAGCUCAUGGAAGAUGUUGGAGAAGAGCUGGAGCAGAGGGAGGAGCCACAGCACAGAGCUCCACACACAGGGGAGCUCGCUGUGGCCUUCUGUGAGGAAUAGCUGUGGACUUGUGCCUCCUUCCUGCUGUGUCACUCCUUCCUGGGUGAAGAGCCUCUCAGGAUCCCCAAGAAGCUGAUAAGUGUUGGGGUUGUUCAUUGGCUGUGAGCUUACUUGGCUAAAGUCAGAGUUGUGCAGUUUAUGUUAAUAAACCAGGUUACUGGUUUACUUGGUU